CACACUUCACACAUCCUAACAAGAGUAAUUACACUGGGAAGAGGAGAGUUAGAGACCUAGAGAAGACACGGGAAGAGUGUCCUGGAGAGACUUGCAGGAGCACACACACGACACAACUCACUUCUUCAAAGAAAGAGUGGGAUUGAGACAUACUAAGUUCAAUCAAGGAUGCGUCUUAAUUGAAAUAACCAUUUACUUUGGGAGACCGAAAAAAACUUCCAAAAAGCUUUUGACUCACCAAAAAGCUUUGACUCACUUAAUACACUGAACACUUUGAAGAGGCGACAUGUCAUGUUUCGUGUCACUCUGCCUGUCCAUUUGGGUAGCCCUCAUGAUGCCUGGCAGGACAAGUGCACUGAAUGAGAGCAUCGACGUGCUGGUCAUAUUGCCUCUCAAUGACUCCUACCUGUUCUCAAAGCAGAGAGUUCUCCCGGCUAUUGAGUAUGCGAGGAAGACCCUUGGCAAAGGAGAUCUCUUUGCGGGAUUGAACUUCAAUGUGCACUAUCAGAACUCGGCGUGCGGGAUGGACGCUCUGUUCGGGCUGGUGGACAAGCAGAAAGAUGAGCGUCCCGACCUGAUCCUCGGUCCGGUGUGCGAGUAUUCGGCGGCGCCGGUGGUGAGAGUGGCAUCGCACUGGAACAUCCCGGUGAUCUCGGCAGGUGCUCUGGCCACCGGCUUCACCUCCAAAACCAACGAGUACUCGCAUCUCACGCGAAUCGCUCCAACUUACCUGAAAAUGGCGGAGACCUUCCAGGCGAUGUUCGGACACUUCGACUGGAGAAGCGCGUAUUUGAUUUACGAUGACGACAAAGAUGAGAGGAACUGUUACUUUACGAUGGAGGGGGUUUAUACGGUGCUGUCCGAGUACCACAUUAUAGAUCACGCCGUUUUGAACUCCCAUGAAGAGAGGGUAGACGCCGACGAGAUCAUAAAGUCAGUCUACGGGAGCGAAGUGAUUAUCAUGUGCGCCAAGGCGGACACAGUGCGAGACCUCAUGCUGGCUGCUCAUCGACGAAAAUUAACCAGCGACAGCCACAUCUUCUUCAACAUCGAGCUCUUCAACUCCUCUUCCUAUGGAGACGGAUCCUGGAAGAGAGGAGACAAACAUGACUAUGAGGCCAAGGCCGCCUACGGCUUUCUCAACACAGUAACGUUUCUGAGAUCCACCAAAUCAGAGUUCGAGAAGUUCUCCAUAGAAAUGAAAAAGUCGCUACAGCAGUCAAACAUCCCUGUUUGCGGAGACUGCAAUGCUGUCAACAUGUUCAUGGAGGGGUUCCAUGAUGCUCUGCUUCUGUAUGCACUCGCCUUGCGUGAAGUGGUGAGUAGCGGUAUGACCAAAAAGGAUGGAUUGGAGAUCACGCACAGCAUGUGGAACCGGACGUUUGAAGGCAUUGCCAGCCAGGUGUCUAUAGAUGCCAAUGGUGACCGAAAUGGGGAUUUCUCUGUCAUAAGGAUGACUGACCUAGAGGCAGGCACCCAUGAGACUAUCUUGAACUACUUUGGCACUAACGGAAGUUUCCAGAUCAUGCCCGGCUUUAAGAGGGAAUGGUUCUCCUUGAAAACAAUACCAGGUCCCCCAAUCCCACCACAGCCGGAUCAAUCAUCAGGUGGACUAGGUGUAUCGGCAGUGACUGGGAUAAUAGUGGGAGGAGUUCUGGGAAUUUCUCUCCUCUUGGCAUUCUACUUCUUUAGGAAGAAUUACAGGAUAACUAUUGAGCGGAGAACACCUCGAGAAGAGUGUGACAUCGGGAAGCACCGUCAGCUGCGAGAGGACUCAAUCAGAUCCAACUUUUCAGCAGCGUAGCCUGCAGCGGAGAGCCGGAUAGUGAGGUGUUCCAGUCUGAGGGAAGGUGCAUCUCAUAUGGACCACUGGGUCCAUCAAACACCAUCCCAGAAAACCUGAAAUAUUUAUAGACAUGCUGUAGUGUUUUUUCCUUGUAAAUGUCUCUUGCUCUUCAAUUCGUAAACUCAGGAAAGUUGAAUUUUGAAGGAGAAGUACUUUUAAGGCUUAUUGACUCCGCAAAGAAAAAGAGUCUGUUUUAUUUAGCUACAGACAUUUUUUGAACUUGUCUUGAGAAAGACUUUGAGUCCAGUCAGGUGCUGGGUCGCAGUUCUGAGAUAUUGAGGGUUAUAACAUUGAUUAGCUAACUUUAAAUGCACACCUCCCUAUUCAUUCAGGAGGUCAUGUUCCCUUCUUCUACCUAUAGAGAAUGUCCAGUAGAACACACUGUUAAAGGGAUAGUUCACCCAAAAAUGAAAAUUCUGUUGCCAUUUUCUCAUGUCAUUCCAAACUCAUAUACACUCUUAAAAUAAAUGUACUUAAAAGGUUCUUCACAGCGAUGCCAUAGAAGAACCAUUUUUGGUUCCACAAAGAACCAUUCAGUCAAAGGUUCUUUAAAGAAGCAUCUCUUUCUUAAUUGUUUUAAAUCUGAAGAAGGUUGGUUCAUGUAGUGUCCAACAACAGGUUUACGUACAUACACAGUGUAAAACACUUCCAUUUUCUCAUAAUAGGAAGUUUAUUACCUCAAUUUGCGACUGAUUCUCAAACAGGGGCAGCACCAGGACUUUUUUCUUGGGGGUGCUAGGGGGGCUUAACUUUUUUCAAUUUUGCUGUUAAAAUACAGAAUAGCUUCUUAAAAAUAUUGUAUAUUUAUAAUAUUAGCAUUAGCCAACACUUCUCCCAGGGCUGCACUUAACGUUAUAGUUAUUGUUAAAUAAAAUGUUGCGACCAUUUUAGAACAAGAUUACAUUAUAUCCGUUUUUGUUGAAAACAUUAUGCAAUGUGAUAAGUAGCGUACGAAACAAACGCAUUUAUGAAAAAAAAGCAGAAUGUAACGUACAGUCGGCGCAUGGUUUUGUUAUUACUUCACAAAUUUCUGUCAAGAAAAAAUAGCAUAUCCACAAGCACAAGGUUUGAGUUCUUUCACAAAGGGUCCUUCGCUAGCCUUAUUUUUCCUUCUAUAACGAAAAGCAAACUAUUCGAUGCUACAGCCUAUUCUUAUGUUCUUUUUAUUGGAAUAGAAUUUGCAGUAAAACACGCGUAUUUCAGGAAAGACCAUGACUUGUUUCUAUAUAGUGCAGAUUUAUCGAAACGUUGAAUAUUUUCACAAUAGGCCCAAACUCCAAAGAACUGUUGUAGUUUUACAAUACUAUAUUGCGCUCCACGUACAAAAACAACACAACAAUCCGGUCUACGUUCAGCCUAACUCCUCUUGAGCUGCUCGCUGAUGUAAAAUGGAGAGUUUCUCUUCCAGGUCAAUGCGAUUCGUUUUAAUAGCAGUUUGCUGCUAUCUAAAAGUCACAUUUUCUUACACUUGAGUACUGGAAAAGUUCGACUGGGCAGCCAACCACAAACUCAUAGGCAGUCUUGACAACAGAUCAAACAUUAUCCAAAAAUACAUUUGAUUUCUUUUUUUUUAUUGAUUUUGAAUGUUUUCAGCUUUGUUUGUAAUUAUCUUAAAAUCAAUAAAGUAAUACUAUUUUAAUAAAUAAAAUAUUUAUAUAAAAUAUCUGUUUAGUCGUUCACCCCAACCCUACCCUAAAACUUUAUUAUUAAACACUCGUUAGACACUUUCCAAUAUUUUUCAUUGAAUCAAGAAUACAUGGCAUUAUUAUCUGAUAUGUGAUGGGGAUAAAAAGGUCAUCAGGAGGCUGAUUCAAAUCUGCCAUGAUCUGAAGUACUAGACAUAGGCUUUCCUCUUUACGCCACUAGAGACAAUAGGCAGCUUAUUUCAUUCUUACAGUUUCUCUAUUCCAAUCAGAUACUGGUGGGCAGAGUUAGUUUAUAUAGCCUUUGUUUACAAAAUGGGCUAUUUGCACGGAGUGUAAAUAGACACUCAAAGAUAUUUGGAAAUCCUUGGAUUUCUGACCGGGCAAUAGCCUCCGCAAGCCCCGCCACUGCUCUCAAUUGAUUCGUUCAGCGAUUCAUCUGUCUAGUCUCCUCCUUUCUGUCAGCCUACUCUGAUCUGAUUGGUCAGAUGCUCUAGUCUGCUGUGAUUGGUCUACCAUGUAAAGCGUUGCAGUGUCGCAAAUGGAACAUACGUAGGCAUUACACCAAGAGACCCAAAUUCAACCCGGAACUAAAAUUAGAUGACUCAUUCGCGUGAUUCAGAGUCGACUCCUUUUUUCUCAAGCCAAUAACUUUGUUAUUCGUUCACUUUCGGCAUUACAACUUGGCAGACUGCUUACAUUCACACACAGCAACAUUACACACUGCAUGAAAUGUAAUUUGAAGGACUCUUUAAAGGUUCUUUAUGUAACCAAAUGGUAUCUAUGGCAUCUAAGAAGCUUUUGAAGCUCCUUUUUUAAGAGUUUAAUUAACUUUCUUCUGUAGAACACAAAAGGAAACAUUUUAAGGAAUGUCGACGCUGUUGUUUUCUAUACAAUGAAAGUGAAUGGUGAAUGAUGUCUGACGUUUCCUUUUGUGUUCCACAGUCAGGCUUAGAACGACAUGAGGGUGAGAAAAUUAUAAUUGAAUUUUUCAAACCAAAACGUUUAACUUUUUUUCUUGGUUUUGCGUAGAGAUGGACAGGAGGAACUGAUGAAUAUGAAAUUGAUGCGAAAUUAAAAUUGAUGUUCCUCUCUGUCAACAUAUAUCUCAGUAAGUCUUGAUGUAUCAAAUUUGGCCGCAUGCUGAAACACUGAACUGUUACAUAGUUUUUAUUUAUUAUUAUUAAUUCAGAUUUUCUUUUUGUGAGAGGUGUUACAGUCCCAUUAAUAUAUAAUUUCAGCUCUCUUGGGUUAGGGUAACAUAUGGGUAGUUGACGGACUAAUAUGCAAAUUUGUCAUAUGGUGUCAAGCCAAAAAUUUUGAAUCUCUCUUAUGCUAUUUUAUGUGAAAAAUAUAAAUAUUAAGACUUUAAAACAAUGUUAUUUUAACAGUUUGUUUUAAAAAAAGUAUUUGUCAUACCACAGAACACUGAUUUAUUCGUCAACUACCCAUAUACAGGAUCACAUACACGCUGCUGGAUGCCUCAUAACCAUAUGUUUUCUAAGUUUACGCUUAGAGCUUCAACAUUUAAAGUAAUUUCAUGAAUGCGUCAGAUAGUGGCAUGAAUAUUGAACUGGAACUAAAUCAUCUUCAUCCACAUAUAAAUUUCAGAUUCCACUAUUAUAAACCUUCCUACUUCAACAUGUCACAUGUUUAUUAUUAUUUUGACUCAAUAAAGCUCUUUAAAGGGGUUGAUUCUACUAAAAUCAACAAGAUGUUAUAACGUUGAAACAUGCUUUGUUGCAUAUCUGCAUAGAAAUUUACGAAGGAAACCAAUUUGGUUUCAAAUCUGUAAAACGAUGAAAAGAAUGUUGAUAGGAAAUUACAUAAUAAAUAGAAGCCGGUCUACGUGUAAACAAAAUGUUUUGAAAAGCUAUGUUAAUUCGCAGAGUUUAUAUUGCACAUGUACAUUUUUUAUCUCAAUGUUUUUAGAUUGACUUUGUUAGGAGGUGGUUAUCAAUAAUCUAUCAAUUUAGUAUCAUAUAAAGUUUAUUUGUAACAUUUGUGAUGGUUCAGUUGAAGACAUAUAAAUGUGAGACACAUCUAAAUCCAUCUUUAUGGUUGUGCGUCAAAAUAAAUGUAGGGUUUUACUCAAGCUCGAUACGAUGGCAAUUGUAUACUGAUGUAAGUAAAUGUAUCAGCAUAAGAUGUGAUGUUAUUUAUUGAUAUUUUUGAAGAGGUUUCAUGUUUCCUAGUGUUGAUUUUAACUUUGUUUCCUGUGAUAAAUAUACAGAAUCCUUUUAUAAACCGUAUAUCUGCCUUGUCAGAGCAAAUUUUAUCUGAUAAUUAUAUUAACAAGGCUUUGUAAACACUCGAAAGAAAUGUAACUUAUUUAGAUUAAUACAUAAUGACCAAUUAAAAAUAAAAUGUAUGACGUUAAAUUGUCUCCCUGUUUUUAACAUUAACAGCCCUAUUGUUAUAGCUUACACAGUAUAAAGAGAGCAGAGGUGGAUACAGCAGUGUGGAUAUGUGGUCUUUUAGUACGCAAGUGGACUAUCCUGUACGUACGGGAAAUGUCAUAGCUGUGGUCUGAAAUUCCUCAUAGAUCUCCAAGAAGGUGUGUGCAAAUGAUCCCAGACUGCAGAGACUAUGUGAAUGCAGGUCAUGUGGCCAAAGCAAACACAACUGUCUUCCUUUGCUGCUCAUCGCGACAGGUGUCACAUACACAUCAAAAUGUUCCAUUAUGUGAAUGCAAUACAAAUAAUCCCGUGGUUUAGUAAACAAAUGGCUAUAACAAUUUAAUAAAAUCUUUUGAAGUAA